AUGACGAACCACAGCAUGAGCAUCCCGGAGCGGAUAAGCCCAAGAGGAGGGAAUAUUUCAGACUUCAUGGCCGAGGUGGCCGCCCUUUUUUGGUUCGACUCGAUUAAGCUGCUGGACAAGUUGGAGAAGAUGGCCAAGUUCGGGCAGUUCACGCCAGUUCAGCCGCUGUCGUCGACGGCCGUGGCGAACCAACAUUUCAAAAAGUGGGUUUCGACGGUGUUGGCGACGACCCAAGUCACGCAAAACGUCGUGCUCCUCGCGCUCCUUUAUAUUUACCGGCUUAAGAAGGCGAACCCCACCGUCAAGGGCCGCCCCGGCAGCGAAUACCGAUUGCUUACCGUGGCACUGAUGCUCGGCAACAAGUUCCUGGACGAUAACACCUACACGAACAAGACCUGGGCCGACGUGUCGGGCAUCUCGGUCAACGAAAUCCACGUCAUGGAGGUCGAGUUUCUGAGUAACAUGCGGUACAGCCUCCUCGUCUCGGCUGAAGAGUGGGAGCAGUGGCUCGACAUGCUGGCCAAGUUUUGGGCCUACCUCGAGCUGGCACAGCAGGCCUUGUCACCCACGCAAUCGCCGCUCCUGGUCCCGUCGCCAAGCCAACGCAAGUUUGUCUCGCCGCUUCAUUCUCCCACUGUGCCCGAGGGACCAAGCCUGCGGUCGGCGACGUCUUCCUACACCCCCCGGUCCCCUGACCUGGCUUCCUACGCCCUCCAGUCCCCCAAUUGGGCUCACCCGAUCAGCACCCACCAAAACCGGCAAGCGUCGCACGGCGGGAGCAAUGCAACAUCCCCCAUGGCGCCGAGGCCCAAGUCCCACCCAUCCCGGAAGCGGAGUUUCCCCGACGAAGACUCGGUUGAAGCCCCUUCCAAGCGCAUGACGCGAAUGCCGGGAACGGCUCCGUGUCAGGCGCCAAUCCAAUGCCAUUCGGCUGCGGCUCCGGGGCAAACGCAGUCUGGCUUGCCGCUUCAGGGAGUUGUCGCUCCUGUGCACCCGCCCCCAGUACCCGGCCCGAAUCAUGUCCGUCCGCGGGCGCCCACUUUGACGCUGAAUACGGCACAGGCAGCCGGGGCUCCCGCGACCCAGACCCAGCCGUACGGGGUUUCUGCGUACGCAGCACAGCAACCCUCAGUUUCACUGCCUCCUCUCGCUUCGGGCGUCCGGGCAAUGGCGAUGGUGUACCCGACCACCACGUAUGCUCCCUCACAGGCCAUUGCGGCCACUUCCGGGUUGGUUUCGCCAAUUUUGAGCUUCCCGCCUAUCAACUACGGCACCCCAACAAAGCGGCUGUCACCACAGAAUAGCUUGUCGGCCUUUCCCGUUUCGUCUCCGCUGGUCAUGGCCAACCCGAUGAGCAACGGCCCCGCCAGCGGCCUGCACACGCCCAUCUCGCGUUCGCCGUCCCUUUACCUCCAGCAGCGCAACAGCCCUUACAGGCCGGUCCGGCAUGUCAACACGCUCCUAUACCCACCUCCGUCUGCCUUUCUGCAGCAGUAUCACCUCCCGAACCCCGUGCUUCCCAACCAGAUGCACUACAAACCAAUCGGCAAGCGGAACGAGUAUCGCACUGGAGUUGUCCCCGAGUUUGUGACCACGAAUGCGCCCCGCUUCAGCCAGCCAUUGGUUCCGGUCGGGCAGUUGCUGCCGCACCCCCUUUCGCAUGCCCAGCACCCCAGGGAACAGUAUCAGCCGCCGCCUACGACGCGGGCUGGAGCGCCCUACCCGGGGCCGUACUAG